UGCCCUAGCCCCUCGUACCGGGGAAAACUCUGGAAGUUGCUCAGAGACGCCAGUCUGUUUGUGGGCAAGCUCUCGCGCACACAUAGAUCCAUCUGCACAGCUGGCACAACUUCUCCCUCCAGCCUGCUGCUUGGGCAGCUUCCCUUCCCCACUCCUGACUCUAUACAGACCGGGGGUUGCUUCAUUACUUCAGCACCUUCAGUGGAACCAACCUGGGAUGGAGCCAUCAAAGCAGCAGGAGGGCUAGAGACUACCUGAUGGAUCCGACCCACAGACUCCAUCCUACUCAUUCAGGAAAGAGCUGCAGACAGAAGCUUCCCGGCAGCAUGAAAAUCUGGUCUGAACCACCAGCAGGAGUGUGUGGAACUGUCUCUAGUAACGACUCACCUUUGUCCCUUGGCUUGACUCGAGCGAGCAGAGAGCACCUGGACAGGUAUAAUUGCGAGCAGGGCACGUAAUACGCCUUUUUCAAUUUGACAUCGCAAACAUGUCUAUAAAGUAGUUCUUGUGUGGAGAGAUGCUAAUCUAUAAUCGCCUUUCUCAUCCCCAAAGCAUGAAGGAAUUAUUCCAAUUCUAAAAUGGUGGGGAAAGUGUGUUAGCUGCUCGCACCUGUGUGGCCCAUCUCCUCCCCAGAUCUCUGUGCUCUCCCCACCUUAUGGAAACCUGCUGCUAGCUGAAAAAACAGGAGGAAAAAGAGAGCUGAGAAGUGAAUUGAUGGAAUUGUGAUUUGUAGGAUUUCUCCACAGUCCCUGCCUCCUACUUGCUCUCUAGCCACUCCAAAAGUCUCUCUCUCUCCCUCUUCUCCUGGCAAAUCCUUCUCUCUAUAUCUCCACACCAUUCAAUCCACUUCCCUUCCCUGGAACAACACAAACCAAAUCCAGCAACAACACCCUGCAGAUGUCGAAAAAAAGGAAAGCCACGGAGAAUGAAUGUGGCAGCUCCCGGGCUGCAUCUCCUGCAAGACCUGAGAGAGCCGAUCCAGGUCUCACAGAUGAAAAGGUGAAAGCAUAUCUCUCUCUCCAUCCCCAAGUGCUUGAUGAGUUUGUAUCUGAGAGCGUUAGCCCUGAAACUGUAGAAAAAUGGAUGAAGAAAAAAAUCAAACGUGAAGAUUUGACGCCUACAGAAGUUAGCAGGCAGUACCAGGAUACAAAUAUGCAAGGAGUUGUAUAUGAACUAAAUAGUUAUAUGGAACAGCGGUUAGAUGCUGGGGGAGACAACAAGUUACUUCUUUAUGAAUUAAGCGACAUUAUCAAAACUGCUACGAAGGCUGAUGGAUUUGCACUAUAUUUUCUGGGAGAAUGCAAUAACAGCUUGUGUUUGUUCACCCCAAUUGGAACAAAAGAUGGACAAACCCAGCUUCCGUCUGUUGGACCUGUUGAAUAUGGCACCACAAUUUCUGCACAUGUAGCCAAAUCCAGAAACACUGUGUUAGUAGAAGAUAUUCUGGGGGAUGAAAGGUUUCCCAAAGGUACUGGGCUGGACUCAGGGACACGUAUCCAGUCUGUUCUUUGUUUACCGAUUGUUACUGCGAUUGGUGAUAUGAUUGGAAUCUUAGAACUUCAUCGGCAUUGGGGGAGAGAAUCUUUUCGUCUUUGUCACCAACAGGUGGCAACAGCAAACCUUGCCUGGGCUUCAGUAGCAAUACAUCAGGUACAAGUAUGUAGAGGCUUAGCUAAACAGACUGAGCUAAAUGACUUUCUGCUUGAUGUAUCAAAAACAUACUUUGACAACAUAGUUGCAAUAGAUUCGUUACUUGAACAUAUAAUGAUAUAUGCAAAGAACCUGGUAAAUGCCGAUCGGUGUGCACUCUUCCAGGUUGAUCAUAAAAACAAAGAGUUGUAUUCAGAUCUUUUUGAUAUUGGGGAAGAGGAUGAGGGAAAGCCUGUUUUUAAGAAAACCAAAGAAAUUAGGUUCUCCAUUGAGAAGGGUAUUGCAGGACAGGUUGCAAGAACAGGUGAAGUUCUUAAUAUUCCUGAUGCCUAUGCAGAUCCACGCUUUAAUAGAGAUGUAGAUGUUUACACAGGUUACACAACGAGAAACAUCUUAUGCAUGCCUAUUGUAAUCCGUGGGAGUGUUAUUGGAGUUGUACAAAUGGUGAACAAACUAAGUGGAAGUGCCUUCUCCAAAACAGAUGAGAACAACUUCAAGAUGUUUGCUGUCUUUUGUGCUUUGGCCUUACACUGUGCAAAUAUGUACCACAGAAUACGGCAUUCAGAGUGCAUUUAUCGAGUUACAUUGGAAAAAUUGUCUUAUCACAGCAUUUGUACUUCAGAUGAAUGGCAGAACCUCAUGAACUGUACACUACCAGUUUCCCUUUGCAGGGAGAUUGAACUAUACCACUUUGAUAUCCAGCCAUUUGAAGACCUAUGGCCAGCCAUAUAUGUUUAUAUGAUUCAUCAGUCAUGUGGUAAAACCUGUUUUGAGCUUGAAAAGUUAUGCCGUUUUACCAUGUCCGUGAAAAAGAACUAUCGGCGUGUCCCCUAUCACAACUGGAAACACGCGGUUACAGUAUCGCAUUGCAUGUACGUUAUUCUUCAAAAUAGCCAGGAGAUAUUCACAGACUUGGAGCGGAAAGGGCUUCUAGUUGCAUGUUUAUGCCAUGAUCUUGAUCACCGAGGUUACAGCAACAGCUACCUGCAAAAAUUUGAUCACCCUUUAGCAGCUUUGUAUUCCACUUCAACAAUGGAACAACACCACUUCUCGCAGACAGUAUCUAUAUUGCAGCUGGAAGGGCACAAUAUUUUUUCCAACCUGAGCUCCAAUGAGUAUGAACAGGUAUUGGAGAUAAUACGCAAAGCCAUCAUUGCCACUGACCUUGCACUGUACUUUGGGAAUAGAAAACACCUUGAAGACCUUCAUCAAAUGGGUGCAUUAAAUCUUAAUAAUCAAGCACACAGAGAUCGCUUGAUAGGUUUGAUGAUGACCGCUUGUGAUCUUUGCUCUGUGACAAAGCUAUGGCCAGUUACCAGGUUGAUAGCUGAUGAUAUAUAUGCAGAAUUCUGGGAUGAGGGUGAUGAAAUGAAACGGCUUGGUAUUUCACCCAUUCCAAUGAUGGAUAGAGAUAAAAAAGAUGAAAUCCCUCAGGGCCAGAUGGGAUUCUAUAAUGCUGUAGCUAUUCCGUGUUAUACAACUCUUUCAGAAAUCUUUCCUUCAACACGGCCGCUUCUUCAGGCGUGCAAGGAGAACCUCAGUCAGUGGGAAAAGGUUUCUAGAGGAGAAGACACCACAGUCUGGAUUCCUUCCCAGUCACUACCAACAGAGUCAUCAGAUUCACUUCCAGUUAAGAUUGAUGACUGAACAACAAGGACUACUCACAACUAAAGAUUAACUUUAUUUUCAUAAGAAGCAUAUUUAUUUUCCGCAUAGACCAGGUUUCUCCUAAUGGAAAAAUAAUUAUGAGCAAGAAACACAAGUGAAAUUGUAUUCAUCUGUUCUACAUUUAAAUCUUCAAAUAGCUAGUUUUGAGAAGAGACAUUCUAUAAAGCUAAAUGUAUUUUUUUCCCCUGUAUAAUUAACUUCAAGGGUACUUUGAGCCUAUGAUAUACUUUCUAUUCCCUCCUUAGUGGUACUUUUUAAAUUACGGUUGCCUUCUCGAAUACUGUGGCAUAAUUCUGGAAUUCUAUUCUAAGAAUGAUGUUUGAGAUAGAAUUAGCAGUUCUUGCUGAACACACCAUAAGUAUAUGAUAUUGGUUGUUUAAUGUUUGUUUAAAGGUCAGCUAAUGCUACAUUAGUAACCUACAUUUCACUUAUGAAGGCAUAAGGAUCUGCUACAGCCCAGGCAACAUUUAUUCUAUACCAUGGAAAUCCUUCUUAUUUCUCUUCAAAUUAUUCCCAUGUUUUUGUAGUUUUAAAGCCUUUAGAUUUGUACCCACUGGAAAAUAUUCUGAGAUAUCAACUUUUUUACUUAAAAAUGUGAAUAUUUAUUUUGCAGAUUCUUGCUAAUUAAUAUAUUAAGGGAAAUCCUUGGGUGGAGUAGAUUUUACACACUGCUCACUGCAGCUUUGAAUGACUUAUAAGUUGAAUUUCAGAGACAAAAUUAUGCCUGUUUUUGGUUUAAGGGGGGGAUGCACCUGUCACUUGCCAAAAGCUUUCUUUUUGUAAUUCUACCCUCCAGAAGCCCAACAUCUGACCAGGCCCUUUGGCUGAUAAGAAAUUUAUAGAUCAAGAAAAAUGUUGAGUUUGAAGUUACCCUGCAGUAGCCCAGGUAGUGUCUGACAGACUGUAAUAUUUUUUUUUUGUUCUCUGCAAGGGAACUCACCCUACAGUUUGGAAUCUUCUGCAUUAAAGUAUGAGAUUUCCACUGACUGGUUUUUAUAGAAAACAGCUCUUGAUUUUCACUUUCAAUGCUUCAAAAUAUAAUUUCAUGCUGUUUGGUAGAACACCCAUGUCUAGAAGUAGAUUGACUUAAUAUAUCUUUAUAACCAGAAAUACAAAAAAAAGUAGACUUAGCAGACUUUAGUUUAAAGGAGAAGUUUACUUUUACAGUAACUUUUUGUAUAUUGAGCUUUUCUAAGCACAACUGUGCAGAAAAAAGUAAGUAUUUAAAAUUUAUAAGAAAUAAAAAAUGAAGACCAGUUGCAGUGUAUGUUUGAGAUUAAAAAGAUUUGAGAGGUAGAAUUUUGACUAGAGAAAAUAAAGUAAAGCAACUUCUACCCCAUAAUAAAGCACAAUACCCUUUGUUACUUAGAUGUGAUACUUGCUCUUCUCAACAGUAAAUGAGUAAACACUGGAGUCUGAUAGAUGUACCGAUAGGCCCAGGGUAAAGUUGUCUUUUCCAGCCACUCUACACAAUUAUUACAUCUUAAAGGAAAACUACACCCUAUUUAAGAGUAAACCUUUUCUUCCAUGUAGCUGAGCUCAAAUGGUAAAGCAAUAGCACAGUUCAUGUACAAAAAGCAUUCCUUCUAUUCAUACAUUAGAGCUUUGGCUUCAUGGAGGAUUGUUGUGGUUGAGGCACAACAUAAGAACAGCACAAACAAGUGGCAUUACUGGCUGUACUGUAAUAUUAUAUUCAGUGGAGAUAAGUUGAGGCAAGCAUUUAGGAAGAUCCCACACCUCUCCAGCAAAGCAAGUAACACCCUCUUCUUUUUUUUUUGUUUAAAAUGGUUUGUGUUUUGGAAACCUAAUCAUAUUAAUUUAAAUAGAAUUGUAUUUAUUUUAUGUCUAUAUAUUUAUGACAAUCCUGAUCUCGCACACUAUUUUUGGUUAUGGGCAUUAAACAUACUUACCCUUCAAUGGCUCACCAAAUGUUCCUUCUAUAAAAACUAAAUCCAGGGUAGCAGGUAGAGUCAGUAAAGUAGCUUCUUUCAUAGGUAUUAUAAGCAUCUAAAAUAAUAAAGCAACCAUUUGUAACCAUGGAAGUAUCCUUUAGAGGGCUUCUAAACAUGUACUGUAUGAUAGUGUUUGCGUUUUGUUUUUUUCUUUUUAAAUCUUGCAAGGUCUUCUUGGCUCUGUGCAUAUAUAUGUAAAAUAAGGCACCUGUCUUUCUUAUACUUAAAGAACACCACUACCAAAAAGUAAGUGCAUAAAAGUAAUUAGAAUAUAAUGUUGUGUUGCCCUGCACUGGUACAAUGUGUGUGUUUGCUUCAGAAACAUUAAUAUCGUUUAUAUAAACCAAGCUGCUCUGUAGCUAUGGGUGUAUCUAUUCAAAUUGAAAUAGGACUAAAUGGAACAGGUUACAUAGCAGAUAACAGAUAAGCCCAGUAGAAUACAAUGGGGAAAGUAAAAUACAAUCUACAAUUUAACCUGUGCCUUUUCUACUGUUUCAGACAGAAUGGCUGUCCCCCUGGCUACAUAGCAUCUUAAUUAUAUAAACUAUAGUAGUCUACUUGAAACAACCGCACAACUUUUACAAGUGCAGGGCAAUGAUACAUUAUAUUUUAAUUACUUUAAAACACUUUUGAAUCAAUAUAAUACACUAGCUCACUUGUAAAGUUAUCAUACCAUCCUUUUGUGACUGCUCCCAUUUACUUUAUAUAUUAAUUCCAUAUUGGAAUACUUAUAGCUUUUGCACUGACUAAGGUACUGCAUUCAAAUCCAAGGGGAAACUGCAAGAAAUUAAGACUUUGAUAUAAAACGCUAUUAUAAGUACCGUACAUUUAUUAAAGUUAAUGUUUGGGCAGGUAUACAGCAUCUAACCAAAAGUCCAGACACAUUAGUGGCUAUGUAUAAAUGUUCCCAUUAAAUUUUUCAAAUGAUUGCACAUAAUUUAUUAAACUACCGGCAACCAAAGGACAGGCUUUUUUUUUAUUUGGGGCAUUAGCAAUUUAAUGGAUCUAUAAAGGGUAUUUAGAUGUUCAGCUUGGUUUGGCAUAUCCUAUCAAUUUUUAUGUUUGACAUUAUUUAUUAUAGAACCAAAUAAUAUAAAUGCACUUCAUUGCAUUGUCACAGCCACUUUAUAUGACCUUGUGCUGCAAUGAGAAAAUUGCUCUAAAAGCAAUUUUUUUAUAUAGAUGCAUGCAUUCCAUACAGUCCCAAUAAGUCAUACCCAGAAUAUCACUCUCGCUGGUAUUGCACUCCCCUUUCCUUUGUGGCUACUACUAGUAUUGUCUGUUAGAAGUAAAAUGAUCAGACAUAUACAGAUGGUCUGACCCGGGCCUAUGUGUGUCCCACCCCCCAGUCAGUUCUCUAAACCAAUGGACGGCAGCUUUUCCCCUCUUUGCUACCCACCAGACCUGAUCUUCUCUACUCAACUUAUACUGCAUGCAUUUCUCAGCCAAUGAACUGUACAGCUCGCUCCCCCCUCACUACCCACCCUACCUGCUCUGCCCCUCUCCUCACACUGCUGUCAGUGUUUGCGAUCACCUGUAGAGGCAGCAAAGCCUCAUCAAUGUCUGCCUUCCAUCCCACAAUUUUUUUUGUUCAUUGUUGUUAUCCUUUAUAGCUUAGAUCCCUUUCAUUAUCUCACGGUAGCAAAGAUUUUGACCUUCAUUGUGUUACCUUCUGACUUUUUAUAUCCCAGUCUGUAGCUCUGUUUUGACAAACCUAGCACAGAAAUGGUGUACAGUACCCUCAUAGCACUUAUAUAAUGUAUAUUAAUCCCUCUACCCAAUGGUUUUAGAGCAAAUGCAUGGGUGUAUGUAUAAUCAUGAUGAGAAUGAACUUAAAUUGGAGAUAAGUAAUUAACCUAUAAGGCAAAUGUAAUUUAUUCCAAAUUGCCCUGAAAAUUACUAUUUGAUUGUGGAUGUUUGUUUUCAUUCAUUCAAAAAACAUAAAUUACUAAUAUACUGCAUUCAGUAAAAUUUAGAAUGCAAUGUUCCUUCACUCUAAAAGCUAUGGCCUUAAAGUAAAUGAGGUCUUGGUCACAGCAGGAAUGGCCCUCACAUGCAUAUAAAGGGUUAAGCCAAUUUUAUUUUGCCACAAAUUGGCUUGUAAUGAAAUUACAAAGUUGCAAGGGGAUUACCCUGCCUUUACCAGUCUGAGGCUCAGUAAAAUUGGCUAAAUAACUUCAAUUAAUGGAAGUGCCAUACCUAGUGUUAAUUAAGUGGCAAAUGGUGACAUCCGAUAGACUGUCUUGAAAUAGAGAAGGAAUAUAAAGCAGAAACAUUCUUUGGCCAUUUUAUUUUUAUGCAUUUGUUGCUUAUUCUCUUCGUGUUGCAUUCUGGUGCAAGAAAAAUACUGAGAAAAACUGCAUUUCUAUGUUAGAUUCCAAUAAACAGAAUUUACUGUAGGACCUUGUAGCUCAGUCUGCAGUAUGAAGCCCCAGUCCAAAAUAUCAUUGCAUCUGUGUUUCAAACACAUGUCACAAAACAGCAUUAAGAAAAUGUAUGACCUUGCAGGGUACUUAUAAGGAUAAACAUAUAAAGAAGGUCAUCUCUUAACAAUAAUGUGUUUUUUCAUAGGGAUCUAAGGCAUUCUUCACUGAUUAUAUAAUGGUUAAAAACAAAUUACAGGUAUAGGAUCUCCUAUCCGGAAACUAGUUAUACAGAAAGUUCUGAAUUACAUGAGGGCCAUCUCCUAUAGUCCAUUUUAA